AAGAGAUGAUAACCGUUCACAUGUUGGUAAAAGAAACGAGACAGAAGAGCGAUUUCCACCUAUUCUGAAGAUAUCACUGGAUUACUUUUUGGAUUUAUUACGAAAUGAGAAAGCUGUUGUGCUUUAUUCAACUCUAUGGUGUUUUGAUCACCUUUUGCUGUGUUACAAUAGCAAUGUACUCUCUUCACUGGAGUAAAGAAUAUAGACCCAUACACGUUGUGACUGAACGCAACCAUGAAAAAAAUUUGAUGUCUGGAAAAUACAAUGUACUUGAUUCUUACGUAUCCGCUGAUGUUAACGAUAGUAUCAAGUCAGCAGUGAAAAAAAAGUUUAGCUUAUUGCAACGUCUUCUUCCAUACACCAAUGCAGUUUGUAUUGAAAAACAGCAGAGGAUCAAGAUAUUGGAAGGGAGAAAGAAGAAAUCAGUAGUACCAAAAAUGUCGGAAAUAAAACUUAUUCAAUCUUCAAAAUUGAAAGGAAAGCCUAAAGGAUUAAUAACAGUUCCAAAAAAACAGUCCUGUGCAGUUAUUGGAAACAGUGGUAUUUUACUUAAUAGCUCCUGUGGCUCAGAGAUUGAUUCUCAUGAUUUUGUAAUGCGAUCAAAUAUGGCACCGAUUACAGGUUUUGAGAAAGACGUUGGAUAUCGACAGAACUUUGUAUCACUAAACUGGGAACUGUCUAUAAAUUUCAUAUCAUGUUUAGAUGAAACAUCCAGAAACUGUUCAGCAGAAAUGCUAGACAGGUUUAGGGUGUAUAACAAAUCAAUACUAUGGCUUUCAAAACUCGAUAGUAGGCGAGGCGUGCAACAGUCUUAUCGUAGAGUGAUAUCACUGCUGGAUAGGAACAAAGUGCAUCCGAAGAUAGCAUAUCCAUUUAUCUCCCUUGCUAAAUUAAUAACAAGGAUCUGGGGCAUUUCUAAUCCUUCGUCAGGUCUGUAUCUUUAUACGGUAGCUGCAUCCAUGUGUGAAAGCGUCUACCACGCUUUCUUAAAAUGUUAG